AUGGCGUUCGUCUCUUCUGGGGAGGCCGAUGAGAAUGAAUAUAGAUUAAAUGUUGAAUACGGAGUAUCGGUGAAGGGAAUAUUUAUUAUAGGACCCUAG